AUGGAGGCGGGGCCGCCAUCGAAGGCGGUGGCACCACCAGCCCUGUUGGGGAAGUACGAGCUUGGCCGUCUCCUCGGCCGGGGCACCUUCGCCAAGGUCUACUACGCCCAGGCCGUCGACGGCGGCGGUGCCGCUGUGGCGGUGAAGGUGAUCGAGAAGGCCUCCGUCGCCGCCUCCAUGCAGCACCGCGUCCUCCGGGAGAUCUCCGCCAUGAGCCGCCUACAACACCACCCCAACGUCCUCCGUCUCCACGAGGUCAUGGCCACCCGCAGCAAGAUCUUCCUCGUCAUGGAGCUCGCCGCCGGUGGCGACCUCCUCUCCGUUGUCUCUCGUCGCGGUCGCCUGCCGGAGGCCGCCGCUCACCACUACUUCCGGCAGCUCGUCUCCGCCCUUCGCUUCUGCCACGCGCGGGGUGUCGCCCACAGGGACCUCAAGCUGGCGAAUCUCCUCAUCGACGGCGCCGGCUACCUCAAGGUCUCCGACUUCGGCCUGUCCUCCCUGGCGGAGCAGCGGCACGGCGGCGACGGGCUCCUCCGCACGGCGUGUGGCUCGCCGUCGUACGCCGCGCCCGAGGUGGUGCAGCGGGGGGGCUACGACGGCGCGCGGGCGGACGCCUGGUCCUGCGGGGUCGUCCUGUACGCCAUGCUCGCCGGCCGCCUCCCCUUCGACGACGGCAACCUCGCCGUGAUGUACCGGAAGAUCUACAACGGCGAGUACCAGUUCCCCGCCUGGUUCUCGCCGGCAGCCAAGCGGGUGAUCUCCGGUCUCCUCGACCCCGAUCCGGAAACCAGGCUCCCCCUCGAUGCCCUCCAGGAGCUCCCCUGGUGCAAGGAGUUCUCCGCGCCCGACUCCGGCGGGGUGGUCUUCUCCGGCGACGGCGGUGCCGCCCCCGCCGCCCCCAUCAACGCGUUCGACAUCAUCUCGCUGUCCUCCGGGCUGAACCUCUCCAGGCUGUUCGAACAAGGGACAACGAAGAGCUUCACCUCCGCCGGCGGCGCCCUCGCGACCAUCCUGGGGAGGAUCGCCGGGGAGGAAGAGCAGUCGGAAUUCGGGAAGGCUCCGCCGGAGGGGGUGGCGGCGGUGCCAGAGCUGAAGCCGCCCGGUGGUGGCUGGAGAGUGUUCGAGGGCUUUCCCUGGAGCGGCCCCCGGGACAUGGUUUCGGGCUGCGCCGGCUGA